AUGGACCACCUAAAGUGGGCGCCAGAACUCAAACAGAAUACCGAGGCAGACACGGAGAUAACUAAAACAUGUGCUGUUCUGGGAUGUGAGGAAUCAAAAAAUUUUAAUUCAGACUCAUUUUUAGGUGUGUAUCUGUUUCCGGAGGACCCCAGCCUUAGACAGAUCUGGGCUGAUUUGACCGGCAGAAAUAACUGGACUCCCACAGACUACUCCUAUAUAUGUGUGCAGCAUUUUUCUGUGGACUGCUUCGAGUGCAACGCUGACAAUGCCGUGGUGCUCGUCAAUAAGGCGGUACCAUCGCUCAAACUGCCGAAACACGUCCUGGAGGUCGAAUAUAUUGACGAGGAGACCCUGGACAAUGAAUACGAGGAAGAGGAAAUUGAUGAACCGGAAGAAAACCACGAGUCCAACGUGAAGAGACUGACCAAUGGCAGUCUCAACACAGACGCCCAUAGAACAGAGGACAACUACGAAGUACUGAAACUAUUCACGGAAGUCCAGAAAAUGCAACGACAGGCGGUCUACCUCAGUGAGAAACUGAAGUCUAGCAUGAAGAUAUACAAACGGCAGAGCAGGUUCCUGAUGCGGCUCAAGGAAGCCAUAGAGACGAAGAGGCAUCUCCUCAACCAGAAGAGGAAAAAGAAAUCCAGAAUACUACUGUCCCUGCAGGAUAAGAUCAAAGAGGACACCAACGGCCUGGUGCUGGCCAUGCCCACCAGGCAUACAGACGACCUGAAGAAUUUUUCACUUAGUGUAUAUAAAUAUUCACCUCAAGCAUAUAUUUACAUAAGAAACACUUUGAGAACUCUCCUACCGAGCACAGACGUCCUGGACUCCUGGCUCUCCUCGGGGUACGAACCAAAAAACGUCAUGUCUAGUAACAAUUUAAUCAAAGUUAUAUCAGAACUAACCGAUUCAGAACUGAGUUGUAAGGUGACAUUGCGUUAGUGUAGAAUUAAGUAUAAAUUAGGUAUAUAUUUUUUUUUGUGAAUAAUAAAAUUGAAAUAUUUUUAAA